CGCAAACUGUCAAAAAUCAAAACAAAAGUUGAUGUUGUGAUAAAAAAUAUUUAAAAUUUUAAUAAAUUUACCUGAAAAUCCUGCAAAAAAUGACGCAACAACCGAGUUUAAGGGCCAUGGAUUCGCUCAACGACGCGAUAACAGCGAAAAUUGUUCCGAUGCAGGAGUAUUUGUUACAAGGCAGCAUUAUGGAUACAAGUGUCGAGAAUUUACUUCACCGUCUCCGUGGCUUGUGCGACAACGUUGAAUCCGGUUACGAGCAAUUUUCCGACUACGAAGUUUGUUUUUCGCUCCGGCUCCCAAAUCAAACUGCUCCGUUGGCGCUUCGGGUGCGUCGUGCCCUCGAUCAAGAUGUUCCCUACCAACUGCGUUAUCUCGGGCAACCCGAGGGACAAGCAGAUCGGAAUCGCCCAACGCUCGUGCGGAGUUGCAUCGAUAUUGCGUGCACAGCUUCCAUCGUGGAAUUUCUCAACGAAUUGGGAUUUCGCGUCGAAUUCGAGUACAGAAUUGCCGGUUACAUGUUCCGAAAAGGUCGCAUGAAGAUUACGGUUGCGAAGAUUUUUAAGCCGAAUACUCCCGCGGAAACGAUUUCGCAGAGUUAUUUGGUUGAAUUGUCGGUUUUGGCGCCGAGUGGGCAGGAAGCGAUUGCGGAAGAUAUGAGGCAAUUUGCGGAACAGCUGAAACCGUUGGUGCAGCUGGAGAAAAUUGAUCAUAAGAGACUAAUGUAGAUAAGAUAUUUUUCAUUUUUUUUUUGUCGAAAUUCACUUAAAAUAA